AUGGAGGACACCAAGCUUGAGGGCGCGGGCGAGCAACUCCCUGGUAAAUACAUUGAAACGGCAAGCAGAGACAAAGCUCUGAAUUUGCUUGCGAAUCGCCACACUACCUUUGACCCCAACUCACCAGAGGCAAGACGGGUCAGAUGGAAGAUCGACAUGCGAAUUAUGCCGAUGAUCUUCGUCGUAUACUGCCUUCAACUCAUGGACAAAAAUAGUCUGUCGUUCGCUGCGAUUAUGGGCAUCAAGCAAGAAACCAAUCUUUCAUCUGCAGAGUAUUCUUGGCUUGGAUCACUUGUUUACUUUGGAUAUCUCGGGGGUGAUAUCCCGGCGACAUACCUUAUGCAACGGUUCCCUCUGUCUAAAUAUCUCGCUGUCAUGUGUAUGGUAUGGGGAGUUAUCGUCGCGUUACAUGCAGUCUGCCAUGACUUUUCUAGUCUAGCUGCAGUGCGAUUUUUCCUGGGUGCCAUUGAAGUCUCAACAGUGCCUGUAGCUAUAUACAUCACUGGCGCAUUUUAUACAAAGGAAGAGCAACUCACACGAGUGGCAUUGUGGUACACUACAUCCGGCUGGGCAGCUAUCUUCGGUGGCUUCCUUGCAUGGUGCAUGUAUCAUGCUGAGAACUUCCGCUGGCAAGGUCUGUUCGUUUUAUAUGGCGCCAUGACAUUUGCGACUGGAGUUUUCCUCUUCUUUUUCCUUGCCUCGUCUCCGACAGAUGCCAAGUGGCUGACGGAAGAGGAAAAAAUAAUUGCCCUCGAACGCGUUCGGGGAAAUAAAACAGGCACUGAAGUUUGGAACUUUAGCUGGCCUCAGCUUCGAGAGGCGCUCCUCGACGUUCGCCUAUACCUGCUAUUUUUCAUGUUGGUCUCGACUGGAAUGCCUAAUGGCGGCUUGACUGCCUUCGGCCCAACUAUUGUGGAUGGCUUUGGCUAUGAUGUCCCUACUACCCAACUUUUGAAUAUGGGCUCCGGUGCGGCUCAGGUUGUUGGCACUUUCCUUGCUCUCUACCUUGCCAAAUGGACCAAUCGUACCUUUGCUGGUAUAUGCACACUUUUGCUUGCAUGUGUCGGUUGCGCUAUGAUGCUUGGAAUUCCGAGCUCCAAUAACAGUGCUCGGUAUGGCGGAUAUGUCCUGGUCUAUCAAUUAACAGUCCCAAUCUGUAUUCUUUUUAUCAUCACCUUUUUAACUGCAGGUGUGGCUGGUUCGACAAAGAAGUUCGCUUUCGGCUGUGUCUAUCAAUUGGGAUAUGCUGUUGGCAACAUCAUUGGCCCCCAAACUUACAGGGCCAACGAUGCACCAAAUUAUUAUACCGCAAAAUACACUAUGCUUGCAUUUUUCGUUGUCACUGCGGUUUUGAUCGGCAUUUACGGCUGGAUCCAUCACACCUGGAACCAGAAGAGAGAGAAGGAAAUUUCCACUCAGCCACAAGACCCAGCCGACACUACGGAGAACGAAGAAUUUGCCGACUUCACUGACUUCCAGUUGAAGUCCUUCCGGUAUCCGAUUUAG